UCAGUACUCGUAAAUAGGUUAAAGAUAAUGAUUUCGAUAUGUACUCACCCGAACUUAUAAAGUCAACAGAACGUGGCACAAUAUGACAUGGUCAGGCAGAUUGUUUUGUAGAAAUGUCUUCAAGCCUAUGCUGGCUUCCAGGAACUCCAGCACACAAGUCCGGAGGUCUCCAGUGUAUGAGCUGAGGAUCUACAACAUCUAUCCUAAAGACAUCAAGUCCUUCAUUGAGCUCUCCACCAAAUGGAUGCACCUCCGCACUGCCAAGUCCCCGCUGCUGGGCUUCUGGCUUAGUGAACUUGGAGGCAUCAAUGAUGCAGUACACAUCUGGGAGUAUGAAAGUCUGAGUGACAGAGCUCGAGUCCGGAAGGAACUAGGCGGAGAUGAAUCCUGGCAGAAGAAUUAUAUAGCAGCUGCAAGCCCAAUGUGGGCGCGGCAGGAGAACUCCCUGCUCACCCUCAAGCAGGGGACACACCUCCACCUCGGCAACGUCACACCAGGCGGUGUGUUUGAGCUACAGACAGUCCCUGAUUGCAGUAGGGUAGGAUCUCUGUCACUAGGGACCACACUGUUAGCUGCCUUCCAAACAAUGUUUGGACAGGUCAAUAAAGAAUUUCGACUCCUACAUCACACUUCCAUUGAUGAUGCAGUCCAAGCUAGUCACUUGAGUCUUGAAGGCGUGUCAGGUGAAGUGCACACCCGUCUCAUGCUGCCAGCUCCCUGGUCAACACUGCAGUAACCAUGGCAAUGUACUGCUGUAACCAGUGGUUACUGCUUGUAACCAUGGUUACACUUUAACUAUAGCAACAUACUGCAUAAUCCUGGCUACAUUCAGUACUGUAACUAUGGUAACGAAAAAUGAAAUAACUUGAUUAAAUUAAAUGAUUUAGUGAUA